AUGGCAGUCACAUGGAACACUUAUAAAACUGGUAUGAAAUCAUAUAUUUUUUUUUAUAAACUGAAGAAAUCGGCUGUUCAGUUUCACAAGACGUGACUUACGGUCCGACUGGAAUCGCGACAACGACGGUCGCCAAGGGAUCUGUUACGCCUUGGAACUUCGGAGGGAUCGACAGGUUCACCCAUCGGGCAGUCAUGACCAACCUCCAGCCUGAAACUUCUUACAGUUAUUCAUUCUUAUAGCUAUCCACCUCACAAGACAUAUUUUACAGCCUACAAGAUUGAUCAACGUACAUUUCGCUUCAAAACUUUACCAAAAGAUUUGAAAUCUUACAAGGUUUGUAAAUUCAUGUUUUUGGAUUUGUCAAAGAACUUUUCAUCCAAUAAUAAUGGAAUUAGUUUCCAAGGUUUGAAUUCGUUUGAAGCUAUUCGAGAAUAAACUUAAAGAAAAAGAAUUUCAUCUCUUAAAAAAAAGCUGCUUUCAAGAAAAAAAGUUGAACAAUGUAUUAAACCGAAAAAAAAUCUUCAAAAAAGGAAAGAUUGGCUCAGAAUAAAAAAGUUCAAAAAGUAGAAAUUAGACUUGAAAUCAAGAAAAAUGAAUAAUUUAUAGGUUUGCGUGUUCGGUGAUUUGGGCUUCUUCCAUGGUAACUCUACGGAGAGUAUAAUCAACAAUGGACUCGCUGGAAAAUUCGAUUUCAUCGUUCAUGUUGGUUUGGCCUCAUUAUUGAUUGGAAAAAGCAUGAAAUUUGAAUCCCAGGAGAUAUCGCGUAUGAUCUUCACGCCGACAAUGGAAGAGUCGGUGACGAUUUCUUGAACGAGAUGGAGCCCCUCAUUUCCACAGUAAGUCUGAGCAAAGAUUUCAAAAACGCAGAUAACUCGGCUUAAACACAAAUGGCGCAUUUUUUUUUCUAAUUUCCUGAGAUUCAGAAGGCCCUAAAGCACCUUUGUACAAAGUUUCAUAAAACCUCAACAACUUUUGCACUUCCAGUGUUAUUUCUGAAAGUUAGCUCUAGAACUUUCAACGGCUUUCAAAUUAUGAGCCGAGGUAUUGAAGGAUAAUAGUCCGACGAAAUAUAUAAUAAUUUUUUUUCCGAGCUCGUUUCAAAAUUUUUCUUGAAAAGCUUCUCGGAUUCCUUUUUAUAACGUUUAUAUAGGUAUAACACUCAAAAAUAAAUAUGAAAGGUACAGAAAGAACAAGUGGAAUAUUCAAGACAAAUAAAAUCUUAGUUUAUGACAUGAACCACACUUAUUUUUACCGGAUAGUAUAGCUUCACAGAUGCCUUACAUGGUCAUCGCUGGGAACCACGAAGACGACGGCUUCAACUUCACCAACUAUCAGAUGAGGUUCAGCACGCCGCCAAAUGGAUUCAACGAUAAUCAGUUCUACAGGUUCCUGUUUUCAUUCAGUCUGAAUGACUUCGAAUUUUGUUGAGAUGGAAAAAAAAAGAUUUCAGUUCGUAGUGUAUCUGAAGAGCCGUGCUAAUUUUCUUGAAAGAUUAUAAUAAAAAGAGCUUCGUGAGGCUCGGCUAAGUGAUUUUUUGUGCAUUACUUGGAUUAUUCAAGGCUUUCGCAUUUUUAGACUCGCAGAAAAGAUUGAACUGUGAAUUUCAGUUUUGACCUUGGUCCUGUCCAUUGGGUCGGAGUAAGCACAGAGAACUAUGGAUAUUACUACGCCUAUGGCGUUGAUCCAGUUUACACUCAAUACAAUUGGCUCAAAGCGGAUUUGACGGUAAGGGAGGAGAUGAUCGAAGAUUUAAAAAAAAUGAUUUUCGAAGUGAGUUCGCAUGAAAUUUACACACGUUCUCCGAGAUUGAUGAGUUGCCAAAACAGUGAGGCACUAAAAAUUCAUGUUGCUUUUUUCGAGCUCAUACUUUUAUCACAACAACUAAAUAAGCUUCUGAGACUUUUAGUUAAGGUUUUGACAGGCUCCGCCCCUUUUAUGGAUUGCUGUAAACACGAAAAAAAUCUAACUUUUUUCUCCGUGGUCUAAAUUGAAUGAAACUUUUCCCAAACAAAAGUCAGUGGUAAAAUAAACAUUUUUUGUAUACUAACUUUCUUUUGAACAUCUUUUUCAAACCGAAAAAAAAGAUUUUCAUUGAAAAUCGUGCAUUUUUUUUCGUUUUUGAUGUUUUUUGCGGGAAGGAUCCUCCUACCCGUGGAAUUUUAUUUAUUUGAAAACUGAUAAGGGAGAAGGAAAGGAUAAAAUGAAAAGGCGGAAGACAGUUGAAAGAAACGAAAUAAUUGAAAAAAAUAAAAAUUUGUUUUCUAUGGUCAAAAAAAUACCGUAGCCUCCGCAAAGAGAUUCUUUUUUUGUGGUAGAAAAUGAGAAUUUAAACACAGGCCGGGACUGGGAUAAAAAAAUCUUUUUCUUAAUCAUGAUACUUCUUUGGCUCCCCUUUUUUUCUACGCUAUUUUUUCUUUUUAACUUUUAAUAAUUCUCUUGAGAAAAUGCUCUUGGUAUAAGUGUCUCACCAAAAAAACGUUCAUCAAUUUUUGGAAAAAUUUCUGCGAUUUUUCAAAAAAUAUAAAAAGAAAUCCUGUUAAAUUCUGGCAUCCACAAUUUUUCGACUUGAAGGCUCUGAACCAAAGAAGAUCUCAAGUUCCGUGGGUGGUCACCUUUCAGCACCGGCCGUUCUAUUGCAGCAACACCAACUCGGCAGAGUGUCAAUCUUUCGAAAAUCGAUUGGUUUUCAUAUCAGAAUAUUAUUUGGAAGAAAUAUCCGGACUAGGUCCGGACUGGCUGGUUGGACAUGAAGGGACUUGAGCCGCUAUUCCUGCAGCAGUCGGUUGACGUCGGCUUCUGGGGCCAUGAACACUCCUACGAGAGGUUUUAUCCCGUCGCCGAUCGACAGUACUGGAAUGGGGUGAAUUAGAUCAAAAAACAUUGAGAUGACUCCCAAUUUCAGAAUGACGCCUACAACAACCCGAAAGCUCCUAUAUAUAUCAUCACGGGAUCGGCGGUUCUUUUAAAUUUGAAUGCUGAAUCCAAUUUAUUUUUUCCAGGGAUGCCACACUCCGGAUGCAGAAUUCACCGACAAACCUUGGCCGUGGAGCGCGGUCAGGUAUGAAGAUAUUAUAUUUCUCAAAAGUUUGCGAAAAAACACUGUUGCCAAGUUUUUCUGAUUUGAGAAAAUAUUAUUUUAAAGUGAGAGUCAAAAAAAAAAUUCGUUGCUCAAUGGACAGAACGUAUAUUUAUUCUCCUUUGAUUCAUUGAUUUUUUCUCCGAUAUUUCUCUAAUUUUUUUUUUGAUUCUCAACUUUUUCUUCAGGAAAGCUAUAAAUUAGGUUGUGAACUUUUACCACGAAAACUUAGCCUUGAUGUAAAUUAGAUUACAGUGAAACCUUAUGUACAAUUCUCUCGGCGUGGCAUUAAAAUGGAUAUAUAUUUUGAAGAUUUCUUUUCGCCAUUCCGGUAGUGAGUUGAAUUCCAUCAUAACUAUUUUUGCGGACAGUCACCUUCUUUUUCACAGAAACAACGACUACGGUUAUUCGAUCAUGACUGUCGCCAACGGUACUCAUCUCCGGAUAGAACAGAUUUCGAUCGACAAAAAGGAAGCGACGGUAGACGACUUCUGGAUCGUCAAAGAUCUGCAACAUCUUCACACCUCCGCUAUGAGGUUUCCGAAUUUUCGAACUAGUCGAAGGGGCAAAUAUUUGCAGAAACGCCUCGCCCGGGGUCAAGUUUCCGCCUUUGAAAUGUCAUUUCAAAGACGUUGCUUGCACCCGAAGUCUCAAACAAAUUAAUGAAGAGCUUUAA